AUGCUAAUUUUGGUGGCAAUUAUUGAAAUAUUGGAUAUCUUCCACAUCUUAAAAAUGUUUCAUAGCAUAUCUAAGAUGGAGGGAGUGAAGUCAAAACCUAAAGAUACCACAGUACGAAGGCCAAUGAACGCCUUCCUUAUCUUCUGCAAACGUCAUCGUAGUGUGGUGCGACAGAAACAUCCACACCUUGACAACCGAACCGUGACACGCAUCCUUGGAGAGUGGUGGGCAAAACUUGGCAAUGAGGAGAAAGGGGUCUACACUGAUUUGGCUAAGCAAUAUAAAGAUGCAUUUAUGAAAGCUAAUCCUGACUACAAAUGGUUCAACCCGGAGAAGGCAGUUCACAGCCAAGGGGCAUCUAAGGCCACACAGAAACAGGCCCAGAAGAUAACAGGUCAUAAUGAUCAAGACUCCAGUAAGAAAAUUGAAGCUGGAAAAUUGGCAGAUCCCACUAACAUGGGAGGCCUCAGUUUGCUAUUAAUGGCAGGUCAGCAAACACUUGAUGCUCCCUCAACGAUGGAACCGCAAACAAUGAAUGCUCCUCUUCCCAAUUCAGAGGCCAAGAGCUGCGAUCCAUUAAAAAUGACAAAUCCUGGUCCUCAGUCGAAGGAUCAUUCGAUGGCAGAAAAUGAGCUUUGCUUCAGCAAUGCCAUCAAUCAAAAUCGCCCCUCUCAAAUACAACCUUCAACUCAGUCAAACCAAGUGACCAAUCAAAACUACUAUUACAACUUCCAAUCAAAUGGUAGGACACAAAGUUCAGUGAGUUCUAACCAACAGUCUGCCCCAGUUCAGCAUGUUAACUACCCAUACAACCACCCUGAUGUUGAACAAGGUGACAAUAACACAGAACCAGUUUAUUCACGUCUUGAAAAGUUUGUAAAAAAGUUAGAGGAAAAGGAGAGCACACAUUAUGUAUCAACUAGUCUACUUCACAGGCCUCAAACUGGGAGUGGGGGUCAAGCAACAGGGACUGGGAACCAGACUAAUGGGAAUGAACACCAUACAAAAAACGUUAGUUGGAAUCAAUUGGAAACAAUUGGUGGUGGUGGUAGUCAUGGUAACCAAAUAACAGGGAGAGGAAUCCAAACAGCUGGGACUGAAAAUCAGACGACAAUGAUUGAAAACAUUUCAAACAACAAGACUUUUGCAUCUCAAAGCCAUAAUUUGAAUAGCACAGAUAGCAGAAAAGUUGUGACACUUUUGAAGGAGGGAAAACAAGGGGGUGUCCCAUUAAAUGUGAAUACUACCCAAACUACCUCUAAAGCACAGUAUAGCCCUGGCACUAUUGGACAUUUAAUGACUAAGCCCAGAGCCGCUCCUGCCUCACCACCAGAGAAAGAUUCCAUAAAUGGACAAAUGGUCGUCGAAAGUGUCAUUGAGGCACUUUAUUCUAAAGCUAAAUCAACUCCUACAAAUCAGCCAACUCAGUCUGCAGUUGUUGCCAUGGUAACACCAGUUCAGAAUGUCAUGGUGACCCAGGAUGUCAACCAGGGAACACGACUACAGAGCCUCUUGACGGGUAAGCAAAUUCAUAUGGACUACGCAUCAAAUAUUCCUGGUGGUCAAACAACUCAGAACCAUGGCAACCAAUUAACAGAUAAUGUAUCGAAUUCACAAAACCAUGGCAUUCAAUCAGUGCAUAAUAAUGGACUGCCAAUGACUGAGAAUGUACCAACUGCACAAAACCAUAAUGCUUCUGGAAACCAUAAGGUACACAAAGGUCAAAAUUUUAAGUACAAGUCAUCCCCUGAUCAUGAAGCUUUCUCGAAGUUAACCAUAGAACAAGAGGCACAAAUUCUUGAUGGGAAUGGAAAUAUUCAGGCUGGACAAAUCACCAAUCUGUCCAAUCAGGCUACUGAUGUUUCUAAUCGCCACUUUGAUACCAAUUGCAACUCAAUAGAAGAGAAAAGGACAUGGGAACCAAAAUGCGAUACUUCAAAAGUCCUCCCCAACUUAGAAGCCAUUGGUUUAGGCACAUCGAUUAUACAAACUUCCUCAGCUCUUCAGAUAGCUAAUGAUUAUCAGAUCUCAAAAAUGAUGGCUUCAACCCAAAAAGAACACUCUAAAGAAUUAGAAUUAUCUGGAGAUUCUGAAUCCAAAUCAGCUGACAGAAAUUCAGAAUUUAGACAUGAACCGAUGUCCUUGUGCCAUAAUUCACCGCAAUUUGAUAUAAAUCCAAAUUCUCAGUUUACUACCAUGCCCUCUGGUGGUGAAUUAGACAAUACACUGCCCUCUGGUGGGGAUAUGGAGACUGAUCAUGCUGAGGACUUUUACGACUUUGAUGAUGAUGAAGAUGAGGAUUCUGUUGGGGAUCGUGUACGUAAGUCGCAACGUUCAAAUCGAGGCCAGCGCUACAAGGAGAUGAUUAACAAGGGGAUUAUUCACAGACAGAAGCACAGAUCUGGGCCCACACCAACUGUAGAGUUUAACUUGAAAGAAGAACCCAUUCAACGUAGCAAGGAUGAUAGCUUUGUCGAACCACUCUCCAGUCUGUUGUCAUUUAGACGCCAGCGUAAAAGAGCAACUUCAGAGUCUGACAAGGUGCACGUUAACACAGACCCUGCUGAGAAGAAAUAUAAAACAGGAGACUUUGACCUGGAAGAGCAUCUUGCAACGAUUCCUAUGUGCAACAUGGAGCUGAUGGAUAAGAAGAAAACAAAGAAACAAAGACGCAGACACCAUAGUGAAGGAAGUAAGAUCCAGCAGAAAGACCCAGUGACCCUUCAGUCAAUAGGGGAACUGAAACUUAUGUCAUGGAAAUUUCCAUCAGCACAUGGGUGUAGGAUGGAAAAUUCCGCUGACAAGCCACUCGUAGGCAGUAAGAAGAGGAAAGCAAGGAAGUCAUCUAUCACUCACAUGGUGCCUGUCAAAUCUAUUGAAGACAUUAAAGCUAAAACCUCAAUAAAUAGUCUCCAGUCCUUGAAUGGCUUGCCAACCCAGAAAAAUACUCUCUCAGGGUCCCUGCCUGAACUGGCCUCAGAGUCAACUGUCUUAAGGAAUGAGGAGCUUGGAUUUACGCGUGACAUCAGUCAUCUACAAACUGUCACUGUGAAAUGAAUGAUGCAAUAUUACAGGAAAUAUAUAUCAGCUUUACCUAUAUAUGAAUAUCAUCUCCUUAUAUAGGCAUGCUUAGAGUCCAAUAUUAUGCUUAUUUUGGAUGAAAUACUGUGCAGUGAAAUAUAGUGACUGAUAUAGAUGUCAGGCGAGAUUUAUAACGCAACAUACAGAGUAGUUAUAAGGAUCAUGAAGAUACUGAUGCGGAAUAUUUGUAAUGACUGAUACAAUUUGAUCGAAGAAGGAAUUGUGAAAAUACUGUUGCAGAAUUAUUUUAUUCAAUCAACAAUUUGAAUGUCACAUGAAACAAUGCCAAAUUAAGGUUGGCAUAGCAGUGUGAGCAAUUUAGCUUGCAAGCUAACUUCAUAUACAAAUAUAUAACAAUGUCAUUGCACUGUGCCUACCUUAGUGUUAUAUUUACUAUAAUGUGUCAUAUUGUGAAACACAUGUAACAUAUUUUUAGAGGCACCUAAUAUAUCCUUGAUACUAUGGUCAUUUCACUUGAAGUUUGGUAACAAUUUGAGUACUUAAGUCGUGUCUAUACAGAAUGCAAAAGAAGGGGCGUUGUAGUCAAACAUCGGGUGAAAGCGCCCCCUAUCUUUAACCCAGGACAACUGUGCAUAAGAGAAAAAUUUUAAUAUUUUUUUACAUCUAUAGAGAGUUGAUUGAAUGUGAAGGUUUGAGAAGCUGAUAUGCAACUGCUAUUUUUAUCCACCAGUUGCAUAUAUGAAAAGUAAAGGCAAUUUUAUUUUUGAUUACGAUUAUUUUUGCAUAUAUUGUAAGUAGUCACUCGUAGCUAGUCAUGAAAUACUUAACUUAUGUAUACUGUACAUAGAAUUUAUUAGUACUUCAAAUAUAUAAAUGGCAAUGUUGAAGUAUUCAUGGAAUGGGAUGGUAUAAUGUUAAUUGAUGUACAUGUAAUACGCAGACACUGAUUCAUUUGCCAAAACAGGUGGCCUAAUUUUUUGCCAUUAAUGAACUGAGC